AUGACUGACAGCGGCAAGUGUGCAUUCGUGCUUGAAAUCGAUCUUUUGGACGGCGCAGAUGGAAGCGUGACACUAUGUCAGCGUCGGUAUGUAUAUGACGUACUCAAGCGCUUUGGAAUGGAUGAUUGCAAGGCCGUCGCAAGUCCAGUCGACAUGAGCUCUCGACUUGUUUCAAGUGGUGCAGCCACCAAGGUCGAUGCUCCUUUUCGCGAAGCUGUUGAUGCGUUGAUGCACCUGACCACUGUAACGCGCCCGGAUAUUUCGUUCGCCGUGGGCUAUGUGUCGCGAUUCAUGGAGAACCCCCAAGAAGAACACUGGGUUGCGGUCAAGCGCAUCUUCCGCUACCUACAAGGCACUAAGAUGCACGGAUCUGCUACAAGUCAGAUGCAAAGAUCGACUUUCGUGGCUACUCGGAUGCAGACUGGGCCGGUGACCUCGCUGAUCCAAGAAACAGCCAAGUGUUCGUUGUCCACGAGUGAAGCCGAAUGCAUCGCACUCAGCUUGGCGAUUCAAGAGGGCAAGUGGAUUCAUCGUCUACUGUGUGAGAUCAUGAUGGCUGCCAAUGAAGAAGGACUGAAACUUAUGAUCCAUGAAGACAAUCAGUCGUGUACAUAG